AUGCCACUCUUGCCAUUUCACCUUCAUUGUCAUUUUCGGCUUCAUAAAGCAUCCUUUACAGUUCCUCCACUAUCUCCUGGAAAUACCGCAGAGAACGUGAGCAUCGAAUACAACUAUUGGGAUGAUGGAAAACAUAAUCCUAAGGACGUUUUCAUCGGACAAUCUUCCAAAAAAACCGAUAUAUCCACUUUUAUGACAUUUAGUGACGACUGUUGACUUUAGCUUGCAUUUGUAGUAUUUGUAUACGAUACUUUUUUUUUGCUACUUCGUCUGUUCCGCAUUUUAUUAUUUCCGAAUCGCUUUUAAACACUACUAAUCUAAGGUCAAGCUUAAACCUAAGACCAAUAUUCUUGCAAGCUUGACUCAUAA